CUCUUAUAGUUAGAAGUCACAUGACUGACUCGAUAACAGGAUGUUAUCAAACACCGAUACAGCUCCUUCCUGCUCAGGCCGAUCAUCUCCAAUCCAACAUUCUCUUUCAUCAUUGUUCCUUCAAAUUGAAUUAAACGAACACUAAUCGACAUCGAUCAUAUACACAUUAUAUUGUCGCAUUUUGCAUAAUUCACAGUCAAACAAAUCAAUAAACACCACGAACAUCACAACCCAAACAAAACCCCGACUUAUCCAGGAACCAACUAUGCGCCCCCGCACCCUCCUCCUAACCAUGGACGCAUUCAACACAAUCUUUCAUCCGCGCCACCCCAUUCCCGAACAGUACAUAUCCGCCUUUAACUCCUUCAAACUUCAACAAUCUCCUGAGCUCACACCAUCCAUCCUUCAACCAGCCUUCAAAUCCGCUUACAAAGCGCAAUCCCGCCACCGACCGAACUAUGGCCGCGCGGAUGCCAUCCGCGGCCAAUACGGCGGACCAAGGCAGUGGUGGGAGGAGCUCAUACGCACCACGUUCCAACAGGUCUUGGCAGAUAAAUCUACCAAAUUACCAGAGGAGCUAAUCCAGGGCUUACUGGAUCGCUUCGCAAGCUCGCAAGGCUACGCGCUCUACAACGACGCGGGCGAAUUAUUCCAACGCCUCAGGCAAAUCAAAACCACCGGUCAGAAACUGGGUGUCUUUGAGAGGAUAGUUGUGGGAGUCCUCUCCAACUCAGAUGAUAGGGUGCCUGCUGUGCUCCAGUCAUUGGGGCUGAGUGUAGGGAAGGGAAGAGCGGAUCAGGAAAUCGAGAGUUUGAAAUUACCGGGUUUCGAGGAUCCUUCUAGUAUUUCCACUGGUGAGUAUGGAGAGAAGGUUGAUGAUAUUGAUCUCGUGAUCACGAGUUAUCAGGCUGGAGAGGAGAAGCCUAGUCCGGUGAUCUUUGACGUGGCUGAGCGGCAGGCGAGGAGGCUGGUAGGGGCUAGUGAGGAAGGUGGUGAUUGGGUGCGUGUUCAUGUGGGCGAUGACUAUGACAAGGAUUAUCGUGCUGCUGUUGAUGCGGGGUGGAAGGGAGUUUAUGUUCCCCGAGAUGAAGGUGGGGGGAAGGAGGGGGUGGAGAUUCGGUCGUUGGUGGAUUUGAUCCCGAUCCUGGAGGGGAUGAAAUAGAUUGUGGCUGUUCAGGUGUACAGUAAGAUGGCUUGAUUGGUGUAUAUAUCACUUGGAAACGGUGUGACUUGGAGACAUAGUUGUGUGAUGCACUACUAUACGAGUGACCCGGCGAAGUAUGCCC